UUCCUUGAUUUAUAUGAGUAAGAUAGAUAGAUUUUUGUGAAUACAUAUUCAUAUAAGUAUAUACAAACUCCCAGCUCUACCAAUCUCUGUGUGAUUUUUAAAACACACGUAAUUGCGAGCAGCAAUAACACAAAAAAAAAAAACAGCGAAAGAUUAUUCAUUAUAAGGGGAAACAGUUGGUGAAUAAUAUAAACUCGAGCAUUAUAGAAUGGAGCGGAAAGCAGUAAAGAGCGGCAUAUUUUUCUGUCUUUUACUCUGCACGUCAUUCGCAUCAUCGUUCAACUCUCUGUCUAAAUAUUGCCGAAAAUCUAUGAACGACAAUUCCACAUCAGGAAUAUUUCCACAUCCUGAACGAUGUGACGCUUAUAUUCAGUGUGUUCCACGCGAUGACGGUCCUUUCGCACACGAAAAGAUAUGCCCUUCACGUCUAUACUUUGAUCCUCACCUUUUAACAUGCAAUUGGAAGUCGUGCGUGCUAUGUGAGAAAGGUUGCAAAAAUCACAGUAAGAAGAACAUGCCAUGUUUAGCAGCCAUUAUUCUAGGAUCGUUGAUAAUCACGACAUGGUUAUAGGUACACACACGCACAUAUAUAUAUAUAUAUAUAUAUAUAUAUAUAUAUAUAUAUAAACAAAUUGAGGGACUGGAAUAGGUAAAAUCCAGGUUACAUAUGUUUCCUAGCUAGCAGAUCCUCUGAUGUAAUUAUUACUCAACGAGAGGUACUCAAUUAUAUGAAAGUUACAUUGUCGUUUAGGAAUCCCAAGUUAACACGCCGUAGAUGUAAUUUGAAAUGAGUGGCGAAGCCGGAAGAAUAGAAUAAAAAGAUAACUGAAGAAAUAAAUGGUCAAUAAGUAAGAAAAAGGAAAAGAAGAGGUCAAAUAUUUGGGAGUGGGAAUCAUAUUAAGAUUGUUGAGGAUCAAGAAAAGAGAGGCGAAAGAAAGAGUGGGUGAGUAGGUGGGUAGAUAGUUGCUGACUUUAAGAGAAAAGAAAGAUUAUUAUAAAUAUUAAGCUGGAGCGACUGAACCAUGUCUACAGUAAACGAGUAUAUUGGUGCACUCAAGCAAGAACGACAACAUAACCUUCAUAUAAUUAAGAUAUCCACGGCUCGAUGAGUAGCUAGUUGAGUACCUGUUGAUGAGUAAUUAUUAAAUGAGAAGAUCUGCUAGCAGGAAACAUAUGUAGCCUGGAUUUUACCUGUUCCACUCCCUCGGUCUGGAUUUUUAUUUGUAUUCAUAGCAACUCUAGUUGCUAACCCUGAAAUAUACAGAAGCAUUCAGCGUAUUGAGUUUCGUCAUAACUUCGAUAUAGGAAAAAGUGUGUAACCUUCGACACCAAUAAAAUUUUAUUGUUCCUGAACAUACA